AUGUUGUCCUUCGUCUUGCUGCAACUCGAACCACUAUUCCGCUACGACUCGCGCGAGUGGUCAGGAGAGUCGAAGUGCACUUUGUGCAAUUUAGUGGGUUCCGUGCCAUUUUAUAAUGCUUUUGCAACAGCAACCUGAUUUCAGUGCUAUUAUGUGUAUAACCGCGCUUGAGCGAUCAAUGCCUGGUAGUACUGGUAUAUGCUUGCAUUCCACUCAUAUUACGCAGUGCUAAGUACUAGGCUACUGCCAGCCAAACAAUCUAUUCUGAGUCCUCUUCUUACGUAUCAUUCGGCGCCAAGUGUUCCUAAAGUGCCAGGCCUCCGGGCCUGCCUCGAGCGAGUCUUUGGCCACUGCUUCGCCACCUGAAAACGGAAGCAUAACCAACCCCCCCCCCCCCUGCCCGCUGCGGAAACAACCCGUGUAUGUCGCAACAUCUGAUGAUUGAGAAUUUGAGACUCACCGGAGAACUCCGCAAUCGGGGGCAUCACAUCAGCAACUUUAACACGCGCGCUUCAGAACAAUUCAGAGCAAUUCAGAGCCGAUCUAGAACAAUCCGGUGUAAGGCCCGUGCGCCUGGGCCUUAAAAGAGGGGGCGCGCGCCUGGGCACUCUUAGUCUCUCCUCAGCGACUAACGUAGAGUGUCCAGGUGAGCCCAAGUGGAUCAGGAGGCAUUGUUGUAGUAGCGACUAACGUAGAGUGUCCAGUGUCAAUCCUACAUACUUUGGUCCUGUGAUCCUAUCGUCGUCGCUCCGGUGUACACUCCUACGGGGUGUAUUACACUUUUUUUUUCACAUCGGUCAAAGACGCACACCGCCACGUGCGCCGGAGAGACAAUUCUGAAGGUGGCCAAGCUGCAGGAGCCGUUGGAAGUGGUGUUGGGGUUCAAUUUUCUCACGAAGCACAAGGUGAACAUCGAUUGCGAGAACCACCAGAUCCGGGUCCCACACCCUGACACUCCCAACGUGACGAUCGACCUGCUCGCGCCGAUGUUUGGACCGCAUCCCCAGCAACGCACGGAAAGGGGCGCCAAGCGGAGCAACAAGGCGCGGAUCAACUGGAAUGCUGUCAUCACAUACAUCGACGGGGUGCAACAAAAGGAGGCGGAGCGCGCGGCAAGGCUACGCUUAAGCUUAGUUAGUUAA